ACGUUCUCUAGAUUGAGCCAGUUCACCGAUAAGCCAGCCGCAGGCAAGUGGCCAUUUGCUGACGUUCACAACGGCGACGAAAUCAAGUGCCGCGUGAUUGGAUUCCGCAAGCUCAAAUCAAACAGACAUCUUGAAAUCAGUCACCACGACUUCUACGAAGUGGCGGAGCUGAGUGCCAAGGAGAGUGUUGUUGAGAAUGACUCUCUUGACGAGGCAACUCUGAAGGAUAAGGACUUAACUGAGGAGCUUGUCCAGGAGCUGAAACCCGGAUCACGCGUGACUGCCUUUGUCAAAGAGGUCUGGAAGAGCAACCUGAAUCUCCUCGUUACUCCCACGGUCCGUGCCACUCUGCCCCUGCUGGAGGCCGCUACCACUAAGGAGGCUGCUGCUAAUCCGGAUAAGUACUUUCAGCCGGGCAGUGCUGUCACUGCGACUGUGACCAAGUUCAUCAAGGCCGACCGCCUGUUCCGCUUGGCUAAGUCAGUUGAGGUAUGUAUCGGUGAAGUGCGCACUUGUCGCAUUGCCAAGGUCAUCGCUGACGAAGCCCUGUUGCUGGAGCUACCCGGUGUGAAGACGUUUGCACGCUGCGCGUUGACCGACAUUAGUGACAGCUACGAGGAGGACCCGCUGAGCAACUAUCCAUGCCAUAUGAUCGCUAGGUGUUAUAUUCUGGAAAAGCAAAGCAGUGGCCAACUGGACGUGUCACUGCGACCAUCACGCACCUCAGGAUCUUCGUCAAGCAACAACGGUACCAUGCCGGACACCGCGUCCGAUGCGGAACGGCACGGGCAAUCGGGCACCGGUGCUACUGUCACCGCCACUGGCACCAGCGUGCGAGACCCAGAGAUCGAAUCUAUCGCUGACAUCAAGCAGGGCCAGAUCCUACGGGGCUACGUCAAGGCGGCUGUUGACAAUGCAGGUCUCUUUGUGAGGCUAUCUCGAAACAUUGUUGGCCGAGCCAAGAUCACUAACUUGUCAGAGAACUUUGUGAAGAAUUGGAAGAAGGCUUAUCCAGUUGGAAAGCUGGUGGUGACCAAGGUCAUGGCUGUGGACUAUAACCAGAGCAAGAUUGAGCUGUCGCUGCGUAACUCUCACAUCUCACCGCAGAAGCGCAAGCGCAAGACGUCCGAUUCCAAGGAUGCCGAUGGCCAAUCAGGCAAACGCACGAAGCUAACUGGUGGCCGUGUCUUGGCAGCUGCAGACGCAGAUAGUGAUGAUGACAAUGAGGUUGACAGUGAUGCGGAGCUCAGACAAAUGAUGGAGGAAGAAGGAGCAGAGAUGCUGACAUCUGACUCGGAGUCUGAAGAUGAUGUGGAGAAUGGAGAGCAAGACUCGGAGGACGCUGAUGUUGCUUCUCAGCGCUCAGACCAGGAUACGGAAGAUGACGAUAGCGAUACUGACAGUGACGAUGAUUCUGCUACUCCGGCUGGCAAGUCUUCUGCCGCAUGUUUGAAGCUACCAAGCAAGUUUGACUGGUGGUCUGAAGCACAAGCAAGUGCAGGCAAACAGGCUGCAGCGGCCGGAGCAGCUUCAGACAGUAGCUCUGACGACGAAGAUGGCGAGGAGAACAUGUCCAAUAGCCAACGAAAGAAGACCCGGCGACAGAAGCGUGCCGAGAAAAAGCAAGAUGAGGCCAACUUGCGAGCGAUGGAAGAGACUUUGCUGGACACGGAGCGCCCAAUGCAGACUGUGCAAGACUUUGAGCGCUUGGUGGCGGCCAAUCCGGACGAAUCGGACACGUGGAUCCAGUUCAUGGCGUGUCACAUGCACUCGGCGGAGAUUGACAAGGCGCGUGCUGUAGCCCAACGGGCCCUGGAAACGCUGAACUUCCGCAACGAGAAGGGCAAGCUGGAUAUCUGGGUGACCUGGCUCAAUCUAGAGAACGUAUACGGAAGUCACGAAAGUCUGAUGAAGGUGUUUGAUGAGGCCGUUCGCACCAAUGAACCAGAGAAGGUCUUCUUCCGCCUGGUGCGCAUCUACAUCCAAUCGAAGAAGUUUGAGCGAGCGGAUGACCUGUAUGCUACAAUGGUGAAGCGCUUCUCGCAGAGCCGAGAAGUCUGGGAACAGUACGGUCUGUUCAAGUUCCGCCAGGGCAAGCCCGAUGCUGCCCGCCGUCUGAUGGACAGAGGCUUGAAGAGUCUGCGAAAGUUUGAACACGUGGACGUCAUCAGCAAGUUUGCCCAGCUGGAGUUUAAGCAUGGCGAGGUCGAGCGUGGACGCACCAUGUUCGAGAGUCUCGUCACCAACUACCCGAAACGUGUCGACCUGUGGUCCAUCUACAUAGACAUGCUGCUGCGUGACGAACAUGUUGAUGAUGUCAGGGCGGUUUUCGAGCGCCUCAUCAACAUCCAGCUGUCAUCCAAGAAGAUGAAGCACGUCUUUAAGCGCUACCUGGAAUUCGAAAGCAAGCAUGGUGAUACCAGCACUGGCAGAACAAGCUCGGCUGGAUGUAGUUGUCAGCGGUCUACACGGUGGACGGUUUGAGAGGACCUUUCUAGAUGUCCGGGUUUUCAACCCAUUUGCCCCCUCAAAUCGGAAACCAACGAUCGCUGGCAGCUACAGAAAGCACGAAGAGGAGAAACGGAGGAGUUAUGAGAGUCGCAUUCUCAACGUUGAGCACGCUUCCUUCAUCCCCGUGGUGUUCAGUACGACUGGUGGCCAAGGGAAGGCAGCCUCCACUCUCUUUGGCCGCAUUGCAGGCAUCAAGUCUGAGAAGAAUGGUGAGCCUUUCUCUGUGGCAAUGGCUUUGAUCAGAGCC